ACCUCUCUCUCCCCCCUCUGUCCAGAUGAUCUCCCUAGUGGACAGUCCCUGACAGACCAUGCAGAUUGAGGAGCCUGGCCCCGUACUCAGCCUGGCUGAGCUGAUGCUGGAUGUGGAGGAGUCCUGGUGCAUUGACUGCAGUGACCAGGAGAUCCAGGACACAGAGACAUGGACUCCGAGUCCACAGGAGAUCCUGCGCCUGUACGGGACCCUCGCUGAGGAGGGGGGCAGCCUCGAACUGAGCUGCAGACCCCUACCCCGUCGCCCACCCACUCCCGAGGCUGACCCCACACACGAGGAAGAGGAGGAAGAGGAGGAGGCUGGAGAGGAGGAGGAGGAGAAGUAAGAUAACUCCUCGCGCCCCUGCCCACCGCCCCAUUCC